CGUGUUUUAUGUCAGCACAAUUCUAAUAUCCUCAAGAUGGAGUUUGCCCUUGCGAAUUUACAUUGUUGGUGGUUAUCUAUUGCUCUGGAGGAUUCUCAGGAAAGAUUGUGCUAACAUGGCUUUGAUGAACAGAAAAUGCCAAGUGUUCUUUAUCAUGGAGAAAGUCAACGGCUCUUCCUGAGAGUGUUUUUCUCUCUCUCUGUGUCUCUCGCUCUCUCUGAUGUAUGUCUGGAAAAAUCAGUAACUGGAUUGUGAUGACAUGUCUUUAGUUAAUAAGAAAAGAAGCUGGGAAGAUCAUGUGACCAAUUGGCCUGGCUUUUCAUUUGAUUUUGUUGAUUCUGGUGCAGUCUGUUGUCAUGGGCUUGUGGCUCUUAAUCUAAAACUAAGCAUGGAAAGCGAUGAAAUAUCACAAACAGACAAGAAGAAAAGAUUUUCCAGUGUUUCUUUACCAGAAUCUUGCCAUAACUCUGAUCUGUCUGCCCUUCAAGCAAAGCAACUGUGUGAGCACAGAAGAGAGGUGGAUGAAAAUGAUAAUCUUGAAAGUGAUGAGUACAUUCUGUCAUUAGAAGCAAGUACAGAGACUCUAGUCCAUGUAUCAGAUGAAAACUCAGAUCUCAGUUGUGUGGAAGAUUAUGUCGCAGAAGAACAGCAGACCUCGGAGAAUGAAGGAGCACUUAUUGAAAAGUCACUAUUAGCAAAGAUUGAGCAAGUGACCAAGAAUACAUCUGAGAACUUUGGAAUAGAAAAUGACCCUGAUUAUGAUUCAGUCCCUGAUGAAGAGACAAAAGAUGAUGAGAAAACAUGUGAGUUUGAACAUCUGGAAUCUUCUGAGGAAUUAAAUCCAAGGAGAAACAUGGAUGGGAAUCCGGAUGUGAUUAUUCCAACAGAGGAUCUUCUCCAUACUGCAGUAAUUGCACAGCAGCGUAGGAAACAUGACAUGCUGAGAAAUGAAUUUGAUGGGGAUGUUACUGUGAAUAAGGCUGGACGUCUUGUCACAAAUGGUGAUGUACAAACGACAUCAAAGGAUACCCCUGUGAAUUGUAAAACAGCAUCUCAGAUGUGCUCAGAGGAAGGUUUGGAUCAAACAUUUCUGGAGGAAUUCAGUGCAGAUGUGGGAAAAACUGAAAAUUAUUCUGAUACGACAAAUACUAAUCUGAACAUUUCAAAGCAGAGCCCACAAAUAUUAAAUUUACAGGAAAGUACAAAUAACUAUAAUCCUGCAGAUAGUAUCAUAAAACUUCGAAAGAGAAAGGAAAUGAGGGAAGAUCGAGAUCGAGCACGGCUGGAUUCCAUGGUGCUGCUCAUUAUGAAACUGGACCAGCUUGACCAAGACAUUGAAAAUGCUCUCAGCGCAAACUCAUCUCCAUCCAGUACUCCAACUUUUAAGAGAAGACACAUUCCUGAGCUGGAAUCUGAUUCAGAGAAUGGAGCAGAUGUGAUUGCAAUCAGUCAAAAGCAGAAAGUUCAUCUUGUUCAUUCCCCACUUGGAGCCACAUCCCCCAUGGCAGGUCCGGGGGCGAAACCAAAGACUGGGGCAAUGUCGAUGAUAUCAGAAAAAGAGAAGGCUGAGAUUGAGGCCAAGGAGGCAUGUGAUUGGCUGCGGGCUGCAGGCUUUCCCCAGUAUGCCCAGCUAUAUGAAGAUUCAUUGUUCCCCAUUGACAUUUCAUCAGUGAAGAGGGACCAUGAUUUUCUGGAUCGAGAUGCAAUUGAAUCUCUUUGCAGGCGAUUGAACACACUUAACAAGUGUGCUGUGAUGAAACUAGAAAUCAGCCCACAGAGAAAAAGAAGUGAAGAUUCAGACGAAGAUGAGCCUUGUGCUAUCAGUGGACGAUGGACCUUCCAGCGGGAUAGUAAACGAUGGUCACGGGUGGAAGAAUUUGACGUUUUUCCACCAGUAGAGGUUACAAAUGGCAUCUCUGUUGAUGCCACUUUGCUGAAGAAUGCAAUGAGCCAUGAGAGUGUGCUAACUGAUCUGAGUGAACGGCAAGAAGUGGCAUCAAUUCACAGUGCCAGCAGUACAGAGAGCAAUGGGGCAAACAUCCGAAAGAACAUAGAGACCACAAGGACAAAUUCUGAGAUCGGUGUGAUUUCCUCAGGAAGCACGAUUAACGAUGUUGAAUCAUCUAGUACCCUCCCUUCACCAAAGGACAUCUCCAGUUUUACUUUCAGUGCAAAAACUGAAAGGAACACAAAAUCUAAAGCCAAGAGCUUCUUAAAGAGAAUGGAGAGCCUGCGCAUUAAAAGUUCUCACAGCAAAAAGAAACUUCCUUCAAAAAAUAACCUGGUCAUCAGUGGGCCCGUACUCCAGGAAGGCAUUGAUGAAGAAAAAUUGAAACGCUUGAACUGUAUUGAGAUAACUGCACUCAAUGGCAACCAUAUGAAUGCUUCAGUGAUACGAAGUCAAACUGUUUCUUAUUCAACACAAACAAGUAGCAGCAGCAGUCAGUCAGAGACAAGCAGUGCAGUCAGCACACCCAGCCCUAUCACCAGAACUCGUAGCCACAGCACUUGCAAUAAGCGAAGUGGCAUGUAUUUAGAAGGCUUUGAUCCUUUCAGUCAGUCAAUGCUGAAUGACACCAGACAACAAAACUUAAAGAAUCAGAAGGGUGUAGAAGAGGACAUCAUCUUCUAUAUACCAGAGGAUCACAAGCCAGGCACCUUUCCAAAAGCACUUUCAAAUGGCAACUCUUCCCCCCGAGACAGCACUUCUGUAAACUGGAGGAAUGGAAAUCUUCAUGGUCAUAGACACUGUAGCCUUACUCGGGAGAACAGUGCUGACAGCUCGAAGGAAUCUAGUUUCGGACGGAGACGAAACUCAUGCAGCUCUUCAGGCAGCUGUCUUAGUAUCUAUGACAAUGUGCCUGGGUCCCAUCUUUAUUCCAGUACUGGUGACCUGGCAGAUCUAGGCAAUGAGGAGGACAUUUUCCCAGAACUAGAUGACAUUCUACACCAUGUCAAUGGACUACAAAGGAUUGUAAACCAGUGGUCAGAAAAGCUCUCUGAUGAAGGGGAUUCAGACUCAGCAAUGGAUUCUAUUUCUCCCUGCCCAUCUUCCCCCAAACAAAUACACCUGGACAUUGAAAAUGGAAGGGUCUCCCCAAGUGAUAUUGACAGUACAGGGAACUCCAUCAUUGAGACAGAGGAUCAAUCAGUAAUCCGAGAAAGGAGGGACUCAGGUGUUGGUGCAUCACUGACAAGAUCUAACAGACGGCAGAGAUUUCGCUGGGGCAGUUUCCAGAUCUCACACAGACCAAGUUUGAAUUCAGCAUCCCUGCAAAUCAACAGCCAAUCUGUGGCCCAGAUGAACCUCCUUCAGAAAUUCUCUCUCCUGAAGCUCACCGCCCUCAUGGAGAAAUAUUCACCUUCUAAUAAGCAUGGAUUUAACUGGGCUGUUCCCAAGUUUAUGAAGAGGAUCAAGGCCCCAGACUACAAGGACAGAAAUGUUUUUGGGGUUCCUCUGCUGGUAAAUGUCCAGCGCUCAGGGCACCCGCUCCCUCAGAGCAUUCAACAAGCCAUGCGCUUCCUCCGCAAACAGUGUCUGGACCAGGUUGGAUUAUUCCGGAAAUCUGGAGUCAAGUCCCGGAUUCAAGCCUUGCGGCAGAUGAAUGAAACUUGCACAGACAGCGUAAACUAUGAAGGCCAGUCAGCAUAUGAUGUGGCAGAUAUGCUUAAACAGUAUUUUAGAGAUCUGCCUGAGCCACUGAUGACCAGCAAACUCUCAGAGACAUUUCUUCAAAUCUAUCAAUAUGUCCCAAAGGAUCAGCGUCUCCAAGCAAUCCAGGCUGGCAUCAUGCUGCUGCCUGAUGAGAAUCGUGAGGCCCUGCAGACACUUCUGUAUUUCCUGAGUGACGUCACCGCUGUCGUGGAAGAAAACCAGAUGACACCUACAAACCUGGCAGUGUGCCUGGCUCCUUCAUUGUUUCACCUCAAUACUCUCAAGAGAGAAAACUCAUCUCCCAGAGUGAUACAGAGGAAACAAAGUUUGGGAAAACCUGACCAGAAGGACCUGAAUGAAAAUUUGGCUGCUACGCAAGGUCUGGCCCACAUGAUCGCUGAGUGCAAGAAACUUUUCAAGAUCCCUGAGGAAAUGAUGAGCCACUGCCGUAAUUCUUACAUGGAGCAGGAUUUGCAGCCAGUUAGUUUGGAAGAGCUGGGCCAAACCAGCCAGGGUGAACCCUUGGCCUUCCAAACGUACCUGCAGAAUGACAUUGAUAGUCUCCUGAAGGAGGCAAAAGAUAAAUUCAAAGGCUGGGUCAGCUGUUCAACAUCAGAAUCAGCAGAACUUGCCUACAAGAAGGUAUGUGAUGGGCCACCUCUGAAAUUGUGGAAGGCUUGCAUUGAGAUUCCUGGUUCACCAGAGGAUGUUCUCUGGCGGAUAGUACGUGAUCGCCAACUCUGGGAUGAUGACCUUCUUAGUUCAAAGGUCAUUGAAAGUUUAAAUAGUCAAACGGACAUCUAUCAUUAUGUGCAAACUAGCAUGGCCCCACACCCGACCAGAGAUUAUGUGCUCAUAAGGACUUGGAGGACCAACUUGCCCAAGGGGUGCUGUGCAUUGGUGGCCACUUCGGUGGAGCACAAUGGGAUACCUGUAGUUGGAGGAGUCCGAGCUAAUGCUCUUACCUCACGAUAUCUAAUCGAACCCUGCGGGUCAGGAAAAUCUAAGCUCACCUACAUAUGUCGGAUAGACGCAAGGGGACGAAUGCCAGAGUGGUACAAUAAAGCAUUUGGACACUUGUGUGCAGUGGAAAUUGGUAGAAUACGAGACUCUUUUAAUAUUCCUGGCUCCGACAGACAAGAAAGCAAGCAUUAGGAAACAACUUCCAAUGAGCUUGCACCUUAACUCUGAAGCACAGGGCUGCGAAGAACAACCAUACCCUUCCAAGGAAACUGUGGUGGACCCAAAUUAAUACAUUUACAAUGGAGGCUUACACAGUCAGAUCUUUGGAAUUAUUUUAACUUUAGUAGAAUUCCUAAUUAUGACUGUAGUGAUAUAUUUUUAAAAAGCUGCUUGAUUCGAACAUGAUGGCUGUCAUAUAGGCCUUUACUGGAAUAGUGGGUGGGAGUAGUGGUCCUUAGAAAAAGUGAAGUGCAAAGAUGGAUUGUACUUGCUUGCUUAGGGGCUACAAUUGCUUCUAUGAAGCACCAAGCAUUUUGUGUAAUAUAUGUCAUGUGUGUAUAAAGAAUAACCUGGGGUGUGUUCACGUGAUUUGCUAUUUUUAUAUUUCAUUCUUUAUCUUCAUAGUUUAUGACCAAUUUUCCAGAGUUGUGUAUUUCUGUUGUGCUUGCUUGGUUCAGUUAUGGUACAUCUGGAGCAGUGUGUGUUUGAGCGGGUGUUUCUGAGGAGCUGAAAUGUGAGAGAAUGGGUAAGGGACAGUGUCUGGUACACUGCUUGUUUGGAAGGCACUGCCAUGGCAGAAUGAUGUCCAUCAACCUAAGAGUUUCUAGUGAAGUUAAGUUUGUCAAUAUAGUAUUUAAGUGAAAGACAAUGGAGACCACUUUACAGCCAUUUUUUUUUCCCACCAGAACUUGAUUUUUCCUCUUUGUGAAUUCCAAAAGAUUACCUCUUCUAUCUCCCAACAACACAAUCCAGUUUCUUCUGUCAGGGAUUAGAAGAGUGUUUGGUUGGAAUAACAUAGGAGCUUUGACAAUCCCGCUAAACUCACUUGACAACAUGGCGUGACUCCAGCUACGUUUUAAAUGGGGAAAGGCUGUUUUUUUUGUUAAGCGAUGUCUUUAUCCUUUGUUUUCCUCACUAGAUGAGGGCUUAUGAGGUCCUAAAACCUACAGGGACAAAAAUAUAUCUUUUGAAAAGUGGCAUUUAUUACCACAGAACAUGAAUAUAUACAACCGCAUUUGUAUAAUUGUUUUUAACAAUCAGUAUGGAGCUUGUCAAUAACAUUGCAAAACUGCUGCUGUCACAGAUUGAAAAGUUUUGUAUCCUUCAAAAGUGAUAUUAGAAAUUACCAUGAAACAAAAUUCUAGGGCAAAGGCUGUAAAAUAUAAGGGGUCUGAUGCUGUGGGGUUUUUUUAAAUGAAUCAUAGUUAUAUGUUAUGAACUGUUAACCUUUUCAUGUGCAGUCAUGCUACUUACAUGACUCAAACAAAAACGUUACUAAAAGGAGACAAGAAUUCGAAGCUUUUCAGGUUGCAUUCAUCAGGACUACAAUGCAAGAAACAAAUGUGAAAAUAAGGAAUCACCAAUUUAUGCAGCAUGAGAAAAGGGUGCUGAUGGGUUAGGCCAUCAUUGGCAUGGAGAUGUAACAAUAAAAGUCAACUGUCUAUACAAAGAAAGAACAAAGAAAAUUUAUAGCCCGGGAACAAGCCCUUCAGCCCUCCAAGACUGAGCCGAUCCAAAUCCACUGGCUAAACCUAUCGCCCAGUUCCAAAGCAUCCGUAUCCCUCUGUUCCCCACUUUACUCAAGCAUCUGUCCAGACACACCUUAAAUGAAUCAACCGUGCCUGCCUCUACUACCUCUGCUGCAACACAUUUGAGGCACCUACCACCCUUAAUUCUCAGACCAGGCAGGCAGAUUUUGAUUGGUGAGGGUGUUGCCAUAGGAAUGCAGCAAAUUGGCAGUCCCCAUGACCCCUUUUGUUCCCACUAUGAAAGAGGUGCAAUGCUUUAGAAAGUUCCUUCUACCUACAUAAAUUCAGGGUUCUGUUAUUAAAAGAUGCAGCUUCUCACAUGCAAAUACUGAAAUGGUUUCACAGUGAGUUGCUGCUCUUAUUUACUCUUUGUUUCCCUCUGAAGCAGAAAACUAUCUUUUUUUUGUUAUUUAUACUACAGGUGAUCAGAUUUUGCUGAAAAACUACAUGACAUCUAAAAUUCAAAGAUAACCAUAGUUUCCCCAAAAUGCUGAAACUCGCCCGUUUCCACUUGCAGUUGAUCUGCUAAAGUUUGCGCUCAGGUCAAAUUUCUUAAUUCUCAUGAUAGUGAUGCAUGUGCAUCUGGUGCACCACAAUUGGCAUCAGGUGGGACAUGCCAGGAUCUUCCUGGAAAUUGGCUGGAGGUGGCUAUCAUAGCAAGGGACCCACUCCAUAAAAGUGUGAGGUUGCAUAGUAAUCACUGUACUGAACCAGCAAUUCUGAUGUCAUGAGUUUGGACUCCUUACUGGCUAAAUUAUGAAAGGUGAACUUUUUUAACUCUUAAGAAUACUCAGGCUGGCACAAGGAGCAAAAUGACUGUGAAAGCUAUUGACCCAGCUUAAUCUUGAUUGACCCUUCCCAAAGUGAACUUGCCAUCUAGAAUGGGUACAGUUCAAAUUUGCCUCCAGUCCCACACUGGCCAACAAAUGCACCUUAUGCAACAAGUUCAAUCCACCAUUGUUUUGGCACAUUGAAAUAAAUGCAGCCAUAAAAAUGGUGCCCAUUGCCCAGGCAGAGCCCAAAUAGAUAAUAAAAGAAAUACUCAAAACUCUCUGUUGAAUUUUUGCAACCUGGGCAAAGGUUUUAGUCUGGACUUUUAGGUGGGCCCCACAGUGCUUCAACCAGUACACCUGAUCUGACUCACAUCAACUACCUGCCAGGUUUCAAAAAUGGUUGGGGGUUUACAAGCUCCCAAUGUUUGGAAUCCUUACAGUGGCUUCAUUCCCACAGGGUCCUCCCUGAAACCUUGGCAAAAGGAGGAAUCUCAUUCUCUGGCAAAUCCCUGCCAAUAAUUAUAUUGGAAUAUCUGCCAAAAUGGACCUGAUUUCCAGGACCCUUGUGUGAAUACAGCAUUUUACUAUUUUGCUUUGUUCAUUCACAAAUGUGAGUGUAGGAUCAGUGAGUUAAGGCAUGAAUGUUUUUGUGGGUUCACAAAUAUAAUAUCAUAUUUACAACUUGCCUCCUUCAAAACUGUUCCUCAGCAUGUGCUCGUGCUGUAAAUUGCAAAACACUACAAAUUGAUUUGUGGCUACAUCACAUAUGUGUGACAAAAUUCUAAGUAAUAUAGGCAAAGUUCUUUCCACAUGUGCGCUAUUGGGUGUAAAAUACUUUCUGUAACAGAACCAACAUUUCCAUCUAUUAUUUACUGGAGUGUGUUAUUUACCCGUUAUCAAAUAAUGUAUGUAAUAGUGUGUAAUUGGAAGAUCCCCAACACUGUUUAGUGAAAUUAUUCUAAUAUGCUAAAAAUAACUUUUAAGGUUAAAUUUCUAAUCUAUUUUUGUUUUAUUUGUUUUGUUUUCAUUCUCACCUGCCAAUCAUGAGGUUUUAUUAACAAUCAUGCUAAUUCCAAGUGGUCCUUGUAUAAAAGGUGGUCUUUCACACAGAUUUCACUGUAAGAUUAGUAUUUGUUUGAGGGUUUAAAUGGAAUGUAGUUAAUAGUAAAUACAAAACUGCUAUUGGGAACUCGAUGACCCUUUUUAAUAUGUGGGUGCUGGAGCCCUUUGUAAGCAGGAAAUCAAAGAAGGAUUUAUCUAAUAUGGUUUAAAAUAUUUACCUUUCAGUGUUAUGUAAAGAGCUUUUAGUGAAAUUUUGUGGCAAUAAGAACAAUUAUAUCAAUAAUUAUUUCAGUGUUAUCCCUUCACUUUAAACCGCUUACUUUCUCUGUGUUUGUUACAAAAGUUCAACUGGUAUUUGUAGAAUUUGGUGUCAUUGUAUAUACCAUUGUAUUGUAAACUUCUUUUCAUGUCUAGCUGCAUACUGCCAAAUAGGGAUAACGCAUGUUAUUAAUUAUUUAAAUAUUCACAUAUUUAUACCUCAAUUAUACUUUUUUGUACCUCUUUUUUAAAAAUUGUAAAUAUUUUACUCUCCAAAUGCUAAGACAUAAAGAACCAAGAAAGUGUUUAUAUCUUUGUAUGUCUGUACAGU